AUGAAGACGGGACAGAUCAGGUUCAGAUUCUGGCAGGGAAACAACCGAUUCGACCCCGACACGAGCGCAAAGGUCAUCCGAGAUAAUACCACAGACUCCACGGGAGGCGACUUACGGAGAAGUCGGUCAGGCUGUGUCGAAUGCAAACGCCGCCGGGUCAAGUGCGAUGAGACUUUUCCAGUUUGCACGCGAUGUCAAAAACGGGGAUCAAUCUGUCAAUCGGCGACUCGAUUGACAAAAUGGCAGCAAGAGGCCCCAUGGAUCAAGUUGUGCGGCACCGAGCCAUCGCCAUCGCCCUUUAUUACUCACUAUCACUAUCCUCAGCAGCCUCAUGCAGAAGGGGAUGACCAAGGCCUUCUUCGCUACUGGCUGGAGCGGGCCAGCCAGAUCAUGGUCAUUGACCCGGAUGAGAAUCCGCUAUCUUUUCCCAUUCUCGAACACGUACAACAGUCACCAACUCUCAAGCAUGCGCUGCAGAGUGUAGGUGCUGGCCAUCUAAAUUAUUUUGCGCCCGAAAAGCUAUCAAGGUGCCUGGAGGAACGCAGCACAGCCCUUCGGCUCAUUAUGAACGAUCUUUUAUGCCCUGGGGAUAAUCUGCUGCCUCUUUUUCUGAGCAUCUUUCUCGUCGGCCUCUCAACCGCCUGGACCAACGGACCAGAAGUCGACUUUGGUCAACAACAUCUCCAAGGCGCCCGAGCUUUAGUCGACAUGGUACUGGAUCAGUCAACAGAGGAUGGAUCCCGGCCCCUCUAUACGAACCUCGUCAUCGGGUCCUACUUAUACUGGGACAUGGCUACAGCCUUCUUGGUUCCUCUGGACCAACAGAAACCUCUUAAUACCAGUGACAUAUACUCCACCGUUCUGGGAAUAGGCAAUGAGUAUCAUCCGAUUGGAGGAUAUACAACCGGCAUCUUUUAUCUCAUCGGUAAUGUCGGUCGUUAUUGUCGGUCGGUCGUGGAGACGGGCAUUCAAGACGAGCUGAUGGAGUCGGCACUGGAGGAUGAGAUGAUACAGUGGGAACCUAACUGCGAAAAGCAUGAGCUCAGCCUUAUGUGUGACGCUUUUAGAUCCCAUGGGCUUCUCAGCCUAGCGGCCAUAUGUUAUAGGCGUCGCAAUUCGCAGACGGCUCAGCAUGCUAUAUUAUCCGACAUCGUCAACACGUUAGCAGAAGAGGAUCGUUCGUGGUGGCAGUCUAUCGAAGCAUCAUUCUUCGAUGAAGAACUCGAGGCCUCGAUACGAAAUCGGGCAUUAGACGUUAUCCAUGAUCUUUUGUCGAUUCCUUCCAGCCACCCGUGUACGAACCUUCAGGCAAUCCCCAUGUUUACUGCAGCAUCAGAGUUGACCAGUCUGGACAAGAAAGAAAGGUCAAAGGUACAGGAACGAUUCAAAGAGCUUUAUUCGUUGAAUCACAUUCCGGCAAAUCUCGCAGCUUUACGGAUUUUGCCAGAAAUCUGGGAAAGAAGAGAUGCAGGUGACGCUGUCAACUGGCUAGAGGUCAUGAUCGAAAAGGGGUGGAACCUCAUGCUUGGGUGA